AUCGAUCACUAAAAACUUGACUUGUGGGAAGUUGUGCAUGCCAGUCUUUCACCAUCCAGACUCGAGUAGAGGUACUCAGGCAGAUUGUAGCAGAACCCGCAUUUUCCCCCUUCUGUGUUUUGUAGCAGAAGGAGACAGAAGGAGGAACGUAACCAACGGUGUCCAGAGAUCUGUUCUGUGUUUGGUUGCUCAGUGUGUCAAUCAGUGGUAAAUGACUUGAUGCAAGGGCAAGACGAGAUGGAUACCAGAAAAUAGGUUACAGAAAAUAAUAAUUGUAACGAUUUCGGUACGUGUAUCUUGUUCAAAAUGAGCAACAGCGGCGUUGUUCCGAAGCUAUUGCUGGUGGCAGCGCCAGUGACGGCUCUUUUGCUGUAUUGGAUGUGGAGAAGGCGACAACAUGGAAGCUCUUCCAAUACGUCCCAGUCGGCUAAUGGCACACGUGGUGCCAGAGCUGCAAUGUCAAAUAGCAGGCAGAGAAUCACUGUGGAGGUGGAAGUGCCAGAUUUUGCCGUUGGGUUUGUGAUUGGACGAGGCGGGCAGAAUAUCAGAAAGAUUGAAACUGAGACUGGAGCCCGUAUCAAGAUGAGGGAUGAUCCGGACAAAUCAGGCAGCAAGACUGAAAUCAACGGCUUUCCGGACCAGGUAGCGAGUGCCGAAGGGCAAGUCCGACAGGCAAUCACCGACAAGAUACGCAAAGUUGAAGAAAGCCAAAAGAAAAGCUGUACAGUAGAAAUAGUGCUGCCACAGCACGCCAUUGGCCGGGUGAUCGGGAGACGAGGAGAAACUAUUCGCAACAUUGAGCGUGUGUCGAAGGCCAGAGUGCGUGUGGAACGGAGCACCCAAGUUCCGGGUGAGGAUCGACUGUGCAUAAUUGCGGGAACGGACGAACAAGUCACGGCUGCAGCGAAUAUGGUGCGUGACGAGAUUGCGCAGGAUGCUAUUGAUCACAAAGCCCAACCCAGGGGACCAUCCAGGCAGCUUGCCAAGACGUCGUCCGACCUGCCAACAUCAGAUUUCUCGCAGCAUGGUUUGGACCCGGUGGAUGUGGACUGGGCUAGCUUGGCUGCACGUGUGUCGCCUUCCGCCGACAACAGCGCAAAUGUGUUUGUGUCGGCAGCAAGCCAUCCGCACUGCUUCUGGGCACAGGUUAUAUCAGAAGCAGCCAAAGACUUGGAGCGCCUCACCGAGGAGAUGACGGCGUUCUACUCGGGCCUUCGAGACAAUCAGUUUCUCUUGAACAAGGUGCGUGUGGGUGAUGUGUGUGCUUCCACGUAUGCCAAUGAUGGUACGUGGUACCGUGGCCGCAUUAUGGACAUCAGUGGCGACCAGCUAGACAUCUUCUUCCUCGAUUAUGGUGAUUCGCAGUACACAACUCACGCUAAACUCAAAGCAUUAAAGCCCGAGUUCUUGACGGUACCGUUCCAAGCAGUAGUGUGCUGCCUGGAAGAUGUAGCUCCAUUAGACGGCAGCUCCGAGUGGCCGGGAGCCGCCUGCGACGACUUCCAGCGACUCGCCGCAGUCAGCGAAUGGAAGCCACUGGUCAUGCAGUAUGACACGCUAGCGCAGCACGCUAACCCGGCCGCACUGCACCCAGAGCCAUUGGUCGUACGCCUCAUCGACACAAGCAGCAAAGAAUCUGAGGACGUGCACGUAGGAAGGAGCCUGGUGGCGGCUGGACUAGCGGCUCCCUGUGGCAGUGCAGUGACUGGGGGAUGCAGUAGCACUGGUAGUAACACGGCUGACUCUGCACACGCUAUGGACGCAAUAGGAGAGGAAGACGACAAUGCAUUUUCGCUUGAUGGAUCGUCAACUCAAGGCCAGUCUAGUGCUGCUUCUUUUUCGCCGUCCGGCGAAUUAUCGACGGGACGUCAGGAGUGUGCCGUCGGUGUUGAUGGACAGACCGCGCAUCACCUUGUUACUGUCCUGGACGGUGCCAACCAUGCCUCACUGCCUAACGCAGCAUUUGGCAGUCUGAUCCAGGUGCGCGUUACAGCAGUCCGUGACCCGAACUACUUCUGGGUACAGCUCGGUGCCAAGUUGGACAGCAUUGAGCAGAUGAACGACGAGCUAACAGAGUUUUAUUCAGAGCUCAGUUCCGACAGCAUGCACUUGACCGAUGUUAAACCGGCAAAGGUCUGUUGCACCAUGUUUGGUCAUGAUGAGACCUGGCAUCGUGCUGUCAUCACCAAGGUAGUGGACAGCGAGUACGUCACUGUACAGUACCUGGACUACGGCGACACUUGUAACGUGCGCGUCGACAAUCUCAAGGAGCUCAGGGAAGAUUUCCUCACUAUGCCAUUUCAAGCCAUCCCGUGUCAAAUGGCCAACAUCGUGCCGUUCGUGGAACGAACGUGGUGUCGAGAAGCAGUGGACCGGUUUGAGCAGCUGACACAUGCUGGCAGUUGGCAGUGUAACCUGCUAAACUUGGUGUUGCCAUCAUCAUCGGGGUCCUUGCCACAGGUGGAGCUGUUUGACAUGGUUGCAGAGGGAGUAUCGGUGUCUGAAAAAAUGGUGGAGGAUCGACUGGCUGUGUGGAGCUCACUAACCCCGAAGCAGAAGAACGUAUCGCGGAGCAGUCUAUCUGCAGAGCCAGCUUUGCUGGUACAGAAGGCACUGAGUGAUGCGGAGGAAGAGGACAUUCAAAAGUAUGUGGAUAAGCUGCCCGUCUUGGCCAGCAGCACACAGACUGGUCUGGUUGGCAGUCACCACCGCCGCCGUACCAACGGCUCGCGUACCUCUGCCAGCUCAAAUGGAGUGAAGCUAGCAGCAACGUUCUCUGCCAAGCAAGCGUAGCUACGCCUUUUGUUUGCCUGAUACCCGUAUUCCUUCCUUGCCACAUCUCUUGCUGUGUGCACGUGGGUGUGUUGCAUUGUGGCAGUGUGGAUACUGGAGGUUUCCAAUGUUAUUCUGCCAGUCGCCUAGCUCUACCAGGCCUAGCUAAAACUAAGGGAACAGAUCGCAGAUGAGUAUGUCUCUGUACCGACAAUACUCCCAGCUUUAUUUUAGAAAAGGUGACUUGAGAAAUGUGCGAAGUUUUACCAGUGUCGCUUGCUCUUCCUUCUCGUCACUGGGUAAAGUGGCACCCACCGAGCGCAAUGAUGAUUGCUAUUGAUUAGUUAAGAUGAAUGCAUUACAAGGGUGUUGAUUCUAGCGUUUUGAAUUUUUUUUGAAAGUAUUUGUUUGAGUAUUCUAGACUGUGUGGUGUUGUGUAUUUAGCUGCGUGUCCACUGUCUACACCCCCUCAUUGCCAUGUCUUCACAGACACACUGCCUGCCUUUCACCUUAGCCAGCUAGGAUUUGCUACCACUUGUAGAAUUCUCACCGCGCUGAUAUUUCUCAGAGCUCUCUCUCCCUUCUCUCUCUCUCUCUCUCUCUCUCUCUCUCUCUCUCUCUCUCUCUCUCUCUCUCUCUCUCUCUCUCUCUCUCUCUCUCUCUCUCUCUCUCUCUCUCUCUCUCUCUCUCUCUCUCUCUCUCUCUCUCUCUCUCUCUCUCUCUCUCUCUCUCUCUCUCUCUUCUCUCUCUCUCUCUUCUCUCUCUCUCUCUCUCUCUCUCUCUCUCUCUCUCUCUCUCUCUCUCCAUCCACGCUACCAGCUGUUCCAGUUCCUCUUCAUUCAGCAUUUAGUAUUGGAUAGUACUCCGGUGCUGGCACCGAUUACCACUAGUUCUGUUUUCUACCCACAUCGCCGCGUUCAUUUACUCGUUGGCGGUUCUGCAACAGUAAAUUAUGUUGCACUGCUGUUUUUACGUGAAAUGGCGCCAAAACCUGUUAGUUUGUGGCCUUCUUUUAACAGUGUUGAUGCUCAGGCUCUCGCCUGUUACUGUCUUUAUUGGCUUCACAAUAGGCUUCUCAUCAG